UGUUAACACGAGUCAAAAUAUUUUCGUAAAGCUUGUGGAUAACCGCAUGCGAAGGGUUUUUGCUCCUUUUGCUUCUUUUUUGUAACUCUACUUGUUCAGAAGCACUGAACGCAUUCUAUCCAUUUACUGUUUCGUGUAUGGCACGAAAAGUUGAUCCAAAGCAGCAAUGGGCAGUAGAGUUACCUACACGUUGUUAAUUUAGUGCAACUACGUAACGGUCAUGGUGAGAAAGUAAAGUUGGUCGAAUCUAUUUGCAACUAUACGCUUAGUUUUCCUGCAGUUAACUACAGUAGUUAGGUUACCGAGGGUGGAAGUCUGCCGCCAGCGCUCGCCACAAAAUACACAACUUUGCAGUUGCGUUUAUUUCGGGCGAGAGAGGCUCGCAUGGAAGUUGUUUGUAGUCGAGUGCUCCCGCCAGACAUAUUUAUUUCAAUUUCGUUAGGAAGCAACUUUCUCUUUAAAUAGUUAGACAGCUGUGCAGGACAGUGUCAGUAAACUUGGCUUCUGGUGCAGAUGAGAUUCUUGGGGAGAAAAAAAAAAAUCUAAUCCGGGGUGUCGUCUUGUGGUGCUGCUCUCGAUCGAGGCGCCCUUGGCCAGGUGAUAGAAAUGUAGUUAAACUACAUUGCAAUAUUUACAAAGGCAGUUUUGACUACCUGGCCGCUUCGAAAAUGUAGCUUAACUAGUAAUAAAAUGGGCACAAAGCGAAGAAAUGUCUCGUCACGGAAUCAAAGGUGCCGUUAGCAACACAAAAAGGAGGGCAGUCAUCCGUUGCGUCGUUCGUGGUUUAUGAUCGAUAGAGAGAAAAAAACAAAAAAACGCAAUUUACGCCUUCCUUCCCUCUCUCACUCUCUCUCUCUCUCAAGAAAGCCGAAAUUGCGAAGCACGUUCUCAUUGGUCGCCGCAAAGCGAUUUGUCCAAUCAUCGCGGGGCCAACAACAUACAGACGUGAGGCCAACAACGGCAUCGUUGCCUCUGCCUGAGACAAAAAAGAAAAAGGAAAAACAAUUCUGGCCUUCUUUUGUCACCGAGCGUGAAGCCCCUCUGAUAAAUCUGCCAGGGUGUCCGGUGAAUGUGGUGGUAUGCGCUGUUCGAUCAAUGUCUAAGGCCCGGUUUCAACAGCCCUGAUUAAGUUUAAACCAAGAUCAAGCGUCUCUUAAACUUGAAGUUAGCCGUCAGUCCUUUCGUAAAUAACGUUAGUUAGUGACGUAAGGAGAAUUCCAGUAACGCUAUAGCGACGGUUGAGUAGUAUAAUUUCAAGUUAAGGGACGCUCGAUCGCGGACCAGCUCUUAUCCGCUGUUGGUGAAACUGGCCCUAAGCGACGCUGUUCUAAAACCAGUGCACAUAGGAAGUUGCCGCUUCCGCUUCUGGAGUCUACGUCCGGUACCCGGCGCUGAAAACGACACGCUGCCUUAAAUGACAAACGUGUUCGUCCGAACCAUGGCGGCAACUAACGUCGCAGCAGUUGUGUUGCUUGUGGCGAUGAUGCCGCUAGUGGUUUCCCACGGAACGGAGAGAAACCUUAAGAAAGAUGCGGAAGAGAAGGUCAAGGCAAUCAGAGAGAAAUAUGGAGCGUUCCGCUUCAUCCGUGAUCUGGAUCAUUUGAAAGAAGAUUACGCCCACAUUGCCGAACUGCAUAUAGACGGGACCCUCAGCUCCAACGAGGCUAUUUUCUACUUUUUCCGAAUGCAUGACUUCGACGACAACGGACUCCUGGACGGCUUGGAAUUGCUAGCCGCAACCAUGCACGUCGACCACAUGAGCCCGGAAAAUGUUAUUACAUUGGAAGAGUUCAUAGAGGGCGUUGACACGACGUUGGAAGCAGACAAGGACCUCGACGGCUUCCUCAACUACGGAGAACUACUAGCUUUCCAAAACGAAAUGGAAAAGAGACGAAGCGCUAGUGGUACAUGAAGAUGGAAAAACCACCGUGUGUUUGUCAUUUGGGACUAAAACAAACUGCGGUAAAGGGCUCACUCCAUGAGCAAAAAAAAAGAAAAAAGUUCUUCCUCUUGCGAUGGACUGCAUAGAUUUCGCAUAUACACGUUCGAUAUAGAAAAAUAAAGAAAGGUUCAUGUCUGAGUCGUCCGGUCGAAAAAUGA